GAAUUUGCGGACUUUGCUUGUCCGCAACUGUACUAGGGCCACGUCACGGUAGCAACUCUUGACUGUAUCCGGAGUUGGAAGACUCCCAAGCAUUCUCAUUCGAGACCUUGGCAACUGAAACACCAGUAAUUUACGCACUCCACCGUCAACCACAAUGGAUCACGGCGCACAUGACAUGGCUGCAAGAUGCUCAAUGAACAUGCUCUGGAACACCCAAAUCAUUGACACAUGUGUCGUAUUCAGACAAUGGCACAUCCACUCUAACCUCCAAUUUUUCUUCUCCUUCCUAGCUAUCGUAGCUCUAGGUAUGCUCUACGAGUACCUCCGAGUCUUCUCGAAGGACUUUGAUAAGCGCAUCGGUGUGAAAUUGAGGAUUCAGAGCGGACGCAGAACGCCGCUUACCGCGAGUGGGCAGAGCUCGCCUGAACGUCAUGGUGACAGUGCUGAGGAGAGAGGCUUGUUGAAUGGGUUGAGGGUCGCGAGGAAGCAGGGAUUCGCCGUGCCCCCUCUCUAUCGUGCGCUGCGCGCUGUGCUGUAUGGAGCCAGCGUGGGCUUGUCUUUCUUUUUGAUGCUUGUAUUCAUGACGUACAAUGCAUACCUGAUUUUUGCAGUUAUCCUUGGUGCCGCUGUGGGACACUACAUCUUGGGUGAUACUAUAGAGCUAAACGGCCCUGCUGACAAGGGGAUGGCAUGUCAUUGAUCUGUGAACAUGGGAGAAGUUGCUAUCAAUAUGUAUAUCACUCCUGCUUACAUCGCGUCUAUCACUCCAUGUCUUCCUUCUAUCAAGGCCCCAGGUCUAAUGUAGACAGACCAUAGACGAAUAUUAAUGACGAUGCUGGUUCCUUCUACG